AGAUGUUGGCUUGGUCAUGUGAUCAGCUGUGUCCAAUCACAGCUGAUCACAUCAGUGCCAUCUGUCAGUGUCCAUCAGUGCUCAUCCAUGCCACCUGCCAGUGCCCAUCAGUGCCACAUUUCAGUGCCCAUCAGUGCCAUAUCAAUGCCACAUAUCAGUGCCAUCUGAGCUGCCUUUCAGUGUCACCCAUCAGUGCCAGUCAGUGCCACCUAUCAAUGUCAAUCAGUGCCGCCAAUCAGUGCCACCUAUCAGUGCUAGUCAGUGCUGCCUAUCAGUGCCAGUCAGUGCCGCCUAUCAGUAUGCAUCAGUGCCCAUCAGUGCUGCCUAUCAAUACCGCCUAACAGUACCAGUCAGUGCCAGUCAGUGCCACCUAACAGUGCCAGUCAGUGCCACCUAUCAGUGCCGCCUAUCAGAUCCAUAUAUGAGUGCUGCCUUUCAGUGCCCAUUAGUGAUGCCUGUCAAUGCCCAUCAGUGCCACCUACCAGUGCCUCCUCAUCAAUGCCCAUCAGUUCCACCUAUCAGUGUCUAUCAGUGCAGCCUAUCAGUGCCCAUCACUGCAGCCUCAUUAGCGCACAUCAGUGAAAGAGAAAAAUCACUUAUUUACUAAAUUUUAUAACAAAAACUAAGAAAAAAAACUUUUUUUUUCAAAAUUUUCAGUGGUUUUUGGUUUAAGAAAAAAUUAA